CUUUCUCUCUCUCUUUUUUUUUUUUACACCGGUUUUAUAAUAUAUAAUGGAUAAGCGCAGGGAUCCACCAACAUCAGAAGGGGCGCUUGUGAAACGCCAGAAAGCAGACGAAUCUGGUGCACAAUCGAAUGCUGUCACGAUCCAGACAAAGGGAGCCAGUGGAGCACUUGUUCAAACUGUCAAGAGAACGUCCGCGCUCAAGGCUCCAAUAUUGUUAUUACAGGGUCAAUCAGAAUUCCAUACUUGCAAGUUCAGUCCUUCAGGAGAGCAUAUUGCAUCUGCAGGAACGGGAGGCAAUAUUAAUCUUUGGAAUACAUAUGGAGAUUGCAAUAACUAUGGAGACAUCAAAGGACAUUCAGGAACUAUUUCGGAGCUUCAUUGGUCGAGAGACAAUAGUAUGAUUUUUACGGCUGGUACAGACAAAAGCUGUGGUGUUUUUGAUGUGCAGACGGGCGAAAGAAUUAAAAGAUUUAAGGGUCAUUCAACAUUUGUCAACAGUUGUUCACCAGCAAGAAGAGGACCCGAAUUGCUUGCUAGUGGAUCUGAUGAUGGUUCAGUCAAGAUUUGGGAUCUUCGAUCCAAAAAUGCAGUUGAAACAUUUGAGUCGCCCUAUCAGAUCACAGCGGUCUCAUUUUCGGAUGCAGGUGAUUUGGUAUUUGCAGGAGGGAUUGAUAAUACGAUUGCAGCAUGGGAUUUGCGGAAGAAGGCGGUUUCAUAUUCGUUGGUGGGACAUCAAGAUACAAUUUCGGGGAUUAGUUUAUCACCGGAUGGUAAUCAGCUUUUGUCGAAUGCAAUGGAUAACACGGUGAGGACCUGGGAUGUAAAACCGUUUUCAGCAACGGGUAAUCGAUUGCUCAAGACGUUCGAAGGCGCACCGCAUGGGUUUGAAAAGAACCUAGUCCGUCCUGCAUGGCUCUGGAGACAGAACCGUCGUCAUCUGGGCACUGUGACACGUAAGAUCCUCUAUAACUGCCAGGACAAGGGAUCUGUCUAUGAAGUAGACUUCAUCCAAAAGAACCUAUUGGUAAAUAUAGAAUUUUCAGAUAAAACUAUGUUCUUGGGAGAAAUCAAUCCAAGCAAGUAACAUUAAAAAAAAAAAAGAUAGACAGAGAUCGGAGUUGAGUGAGUGAGUGAGAGGGUCAAUUUGACG